AUGUCCAACCUUCCAUAUGCCGCCGAUGCGGAAAGCCCUUUGAAACCCGCCGAACUACAGGUCCUCAGAGCACAAUACGAGAAAGAGGGCGACUACGUCGGAAUCCAGACAAAGUUCAACUACGCAUGGGGUCUGAUCAAAUCCAACGCCCGAUCCGAGCAGCAAGAGGGUGUCCGCCUUCUAUCAGAAAUCUUCCGAGGAGCACCAGAGCGACGACGCGAGUGUCUUUACUACCUAGCCCUUGGCAACUUCAAGCUUGGCAAUUACGGCGAGGCCCGCCGGUACAACGACCUGCUUCUCGAGAAGGAGCCCGGAAACCUGCAGGCUGCCAGCCUUGGGUCACUUAUUGAUGAUAAGGUCGCGAAGGAGGGCCUCGUGGGUGUUGCUAUUGUCGGUGGCUUGGCCGUCGUCGCUGGUGUGAUCGGUAGCCUGGUGGUGAAGGGAGCUAGAAGACGCUAG